UGGAGAAAUCACUUCUCUGUUUACCCUUGAGGUUGAGUACUAAUUUUAUUACGGUUCCGAUUUAACUACUUUCUGUUGCCAUGGAGGACGAAACACCCGCUAUUGUCGUAGAUAAUGGAUCAGGUAUGUGCAAGGCUGGUUUCGCUGGAGAUGACGCUCCCAGAGCUGUCUUCCCCUCGAUCGUCGGACGACCCAGGCAUCAAGGUGUCAUGGUCGGUAUGGGACAGAAAGACUCCUACGUAGGAGACGAAGCCCAGAGCAAGAGAGGUAUCCUCACCCUGAAGUACCCCAUCGAGCACGGAAUCGUCACCAACUGGGAUGAUAUGGAGAAGAUCUGGCAUCAUACUUUCUACAACGAGCUGAGAGUUGCCCCAGAGGAACACCCCGUCCUUCUGACCGAAGCUCCCCUCAACCCUAAGGCCAACAGAGAAAAGAUGACCCAAAUCAUGUUCGAGACCUUCAACUCUCCCGCCAUGUACGUCGCUAUCCAGGCUGUCCUCUCCCUGUACGCUUCCGGCCGAACCACCGGUAUCGUUCUGGAUUCUGGAGAUGGUGUUACCCACACCGUACCCAUCUAUGAAGGUUAUGCCCUUCCCCAUGCCAUCAUCCGUCUGGAUUUGGCUGGACGUGAUCUUACCGACUACUUGACCAAGAUCCUCACCGAGAGGGGUUACUCUUUCACCACCACCGCUGAGAGGGAAAUCGUCAGGGACAUCAAGGAGAAGCUUUGCUACGUCGCCCUCGACUUCGAGCAGGAGAUGCAGACCGCUGCCAGCUCCAGCUCUCUCGAGAAGUCCUACGAACUUCCCGACGGACAGGUCAUCACCGUCGGAAACGAGAGGUUCAGGGCCCCAGAAGCUCUCUUCCAGCCCGCCUUCAUCGGUCUUGAAAUCCCCGGCAUCCACGAGAACACCUACAACUCCAUCAUGAAGUGCGAUAUUGAUAUCCGUAAGGAUCUGUACGCCAACACCGUCCUUUCCGGAGGUACCACCAUGUACCCAGGAAUCGGUGACAGAAUGCAGAAGGAGAUCACCACCCUCGCUCCCCCAACCAUGAAGAUCAAGAUCAUUGCUCCUCCAGAGAGGAAAUACUCCGUAUGGAUCGGAGGAUCCAUCCUUGCUUCUCUGUCUACCUUCCAACAGAUGUGGAUCUCCAAGCAGGAGUACGACGAAUCUGGUCCCAGCAUCGUCCACAGGAAAUGCUUCUAAGAUGGAUGUUAUCUAUAGGCUACCCUUUGGCUUUGCUGCAACAUUUUGUUGCUACAUUGCUUUAAUUUGCGGCAGCUGUGUUAAGUAGUUAUUUUAUAGCUACCAUGCACCGGCGAUGCUUUGGCUCCUUUAAGGCCUUACAUGAGCUCUGCAAUUCUACAUUAGCCAAGCCGGCUCUUUUGCUGCUGCUAGAUUUUGUGGAACAUGCCCGCCAGACUUUGGUCUGCCAGCUGGGCAUUUUGCCAGCAGAGAUUUGAAAAUCGGACUGAAACGAACUUUGUAAAACGGACUAUCUCAAGGUGUAUAUUUUUGUACUGUGAUGUUUAUGCAGAUUAAUAAGUGAAA